CUGGGCCGGCCCUGCUCUGCUCCUCCAGGCUCCAGCUCCAGACCCAGACCUCACCAUGAGACUGCUCCUGUGCCUCUGCAUCACCCUGGCCCUAGCGCUGGCAGAUAAAGACAAAGGCCAAGGCCAUGGUCAUGCACAUGGGAAGCCAGACCACGCUCCAGGACCUCCUCACGGACGAGGGAACAAGCCAGACCACCCCCCCGGACACACAGAAGGACACAGCCAUGGGCUCGGCCAUGAGAAGCAUGACCAUAAGCAUCACGAAGACGGACACGAGGACGGGCACGGGAAGGACAACCACACGCACCAUGGGGCUGAUUUUGACCGGUGCAAAGGGCUUGAGAUGGAUGCAGUCACAGUGAACGAGGAGGGAGUGCCAUACUUCUUCAAGGCUGACCACUUGUACAAGGGCUUCGAUGGGGAGGCGGAGCUGGCCAAUGAGACGUUCGCAGAGAUGGACGAUGAUCACCACCUGGGCCACGUGGACGCAGCCUUACACAUGCAGCACGAAGGCAGUCCUGAUGAUGACCAUAUCUUCUUCUUCCUGGACAACAAAGUGUUCAGUUAUUACCAGCACAAACUGGUGGAGGGCUUCCCCAAAGACAUCUCUGAGGUGUUCCCUGGGAUCCCCGAACAUCUGGACGCUGCCGUGGAGUGCCCCAAACCUGACUGUGACGAGGAGUCUGUCAUCUUCUUCAAAGGAGAUGAAAUCUAUCACUUCAACCUCAAGACCAAAGCCGUGGAAAAGAAAGAGUUUGAUUCAAUGCCCAACUGCACCUCCGCCUUCCGCUUCAUGGAACAUUACUUCUGUUUCCAUGGACACCAGUACUCCAGGUUUGACCCCAAAACUGGAGAGGUCCCCGCUGGCAAGUACCCCAAAGCAGUCCAUGGGUACUUUGUGAGGUGUGCCAAGUUCGGUGAUGACGACGAUCACGUGGAGAGAGAGAGGUGCAGCAGAGUUCACCUGGACGCCCUCACCUCUGACCACUCUGGAAACAUGUUCGCCUUCAGAAACCACCACUUCAUCCAUAAAGAGGCAGCGAAUGACUCCAUCUCUGUGGACAACAUCGAGCAUGACUUCAAAGAACUGCACGGUGAUGUGGACGCUGUGUUUUCAUACGACGACCAUCUCUACAUAAUCAAGGAUGACCACGUGCAUGUGUACACAGACUCAGAGCCCCACACUAAAGUGGACGGUUACCCCAAAAAACUGAAGGAUGAGCUGGCCGUGGAGGGGCACGUAGACGCCGCCUUCGUCUGCGAGGACCACCACUAUGUUCACAUCAUCCAAGGUGACAAGAUGGUGGACGUUGACCUCAAAGCAAGCCCGCGCGUGAAAACAGAAGAGCGCCCCCUGUCCCUGUUCAAGAAGGUGGACGCCGCCAUGUGCGGACCCAACGGGAUCAAGGUCGUCGUGGGCAACCAUUACUACCACUUUGACACCGUCAUGCUAAUGGUAGGCGCCAGAUCCCUCCCCGAGCAGCACCGAGUCUCCACUGAGCUCUUCGGAUGUGACCACUAACGCAAAACUCCAGUCCAACGCCAUUCAGAUAACAGUGAACAUAUAACAGCCAUAAGAUUAAACAAUACAAAUCUAUCUUAGCUUUCUUUUCUUACCUCAUAAUGUAGU